AUGACUUCGCCGGGGAGCGGUAUCUUUAGCCACGUUCGAUCGAAGUUACGGCAUUCUCAAUCCAACCUACAGCUUCCAAUAUCAGCUCCUCCUCCGCCGAGUACCCCGGAUUGGAACAAUAUUCCCAUCGAAUAUCGACCGAUGGAUAGAGCUGAGACGCGAGUGGUACAAGGCUACUACUUGAAUCAACCUCUUCCCGGCCCUCCUCCUCGCCCACGAACCACUUCGCCAACGGCAGCGUUGGAUCCGAGGAUGAGAUUAAAUACUAGUACUCUCACAAAUCCCACUCCCCGAACACAUCGUCGACGAUCCGCUCAAGAAAUGUAUACUCCUUGGCCCGGGCUCAAUGAAAACGAGUCGAACAGUGGGAAUAAGAGCGUGAGCGUAGCGAUUGCGGCCGCGCUACCGCCCGACCACCUUAAUCCUCCUCCACCAUAUUCCAGAUAUCCUCCCCCGCCGAAUGCGCCUGAGACGCAUUCCAGAUCACAACCAUAUCAACCAGCACAUGUGAUAAAUGAAUACUGUCCCAGCGACUACGCCAACCACGCAAGGAAUACUUCAGCCCGACCUGCUCAAGACGUACCAUUCAUUCGUCCACCCGACCCUCCCACACCUGUGUCCCCACUGAAUCACUUGGACCUUCAGUAUUUGGGAAUGAGACAAUCAAAUGACAAUGUCACCGUUGAUGAUCUUUUAUCUCAUCCGAUGUUACAACGGCCUAACCGAUGA